GCGUUUUAGAGGGUUCUGUCGAUUUUAUUGCCUGUGGCGCCGCAUCGUAGGUAUCAGAGGUAUUAUUCAAAAUGGCUGCGAGUUUUGUUUAGAGUGACUUUUCACGCGCUUGACGAAGACUCUUUGCAGCUGUUGGUGUGUGCAAACUUCCGGAGAGAUAAUUGUCAUGAAAGUUCGCCCACCACUGGCUUUUUCGAGGCCUGCACAGCUCUGGUUUUGCUAUGUCAGAGCAGUAUAGCAGCGACGAAGAUGCCUGCAUCUGCAAUGGGGAAGUGGGCUCCCGCAGCAGCCACAAGCGCAAGGAAGUCCACAAUGAGGUGGAAAGGAGGCGGAAGGACAAGAUCAAUAUUGGCAUCUUGCGCCUCGGGGAGCUGCUGCCUGACAAGGAUCCCAGGAAACAGAGCAAGAAUGGGAUCCUUGAACGGGCAUCGGAGUACAUCACGUACUUGAAAGACUUGAAUGAGAAGCUGGUGAUGGACAAAGUUACCAACGUGGAAGCCACCGUGUUUGCUGGUUUACGCAAGCAGAUCAGGGAACUGGAGGAACUGAAUGCCAACUAUGCGAGACUGCUUACCACAGCAGGCAUUCCCCUGACGAGUGGGCCUGAAGAGAUUUGGGACCACAAGCCAAAAAAGUAUUCCUUGAAGCACCUUCCUGACAAGCAACGUGCCUUACUCGCCUGCACUGAGGUCAAGACUGUUCUUCAGCGGCAGCAGCAACAGCAGCAACCGUGCCAGCAUCACGGCACCCCAGCCGUGUCGUCACGGCCCGCUGCAGAACCUCUCGCUCCUAAAGCACCGCAGGCUGCAGUGGCAUCGACUGUACCACCGGCACCACCCCCUCCAGCAAGCAGUGCACGGGACGCGAUGCCUGGGUGCACACUGGUAACUCAGGCACUUCCAUCGGCACCCGUCAUGUCUACAGCCCAGCCAUCCGCGGUCACGGUGUUUCAGCAACAACACCCUCUAACCGCGGUCACACCCGCAGCUACCGGUGUGACCGCGGGAGCGACAGGCGGAGUCGUCUCGCAGCCCAUCCUUGUGAUCAAUGACCAGGGCGUCCCCGUGCUGCAAAACGUGGUGACCUUCCAGAACACUUCCAUCAUCCUCAAUCCUCAGGGGCAUGCCAUGGGAGCACGCGCGCCAGGAUCGGUGGUCUCCUUCGCGGGGCCCGACAUGCUACCCCAGGUGCACUUGGCAACGGGUCAGAGCACCGACGACUUUGCCCACUCGGCAGCAGCACUUGGUGGCCUGAUGCAAUGUGACCCCAAGCUGAAGGAGGCUGCCAAGCUCUGUGGCGUCCAGCAAAACGCGGCAACAUUCCUCUCGGGUGCAGGUAUGGUGAUGAACCAGCCCCUCCUCUCCCUUGGAACUGGAACCACAGUGAUUGCCGGACAGACAGCACCGGCACCGCAGGUCCCAUCAGCGUUCCUUCUUCCAUCUGGACAGAUCAUUCCUGUCGUCUCGCAACCGCAAGUGGUCAGUGCACCUAUGCAAUCGGCACACCCUCUUGGGAGUCAGGUGGCAGCUAAUGCUGCAGCAGCUGUGAGCAGUUGUAGCACUUCUCUCGCGAAGGUGGUGCAGUGUGACGGUACACAAAGCUACAUGUGCAGGGAGCACGCAUCUGUUCAGAAUAAAGCGCUGGCAUCUACACCUUCAUCCAGUGGAGCUGCGACGGGCACUGCUGCAGCACAGCCAAGUGGGAACUGCAGAAAGCAGCACCACUCCUGCCCACAGCAUUCAUCAACUUCCUUGUCAAAGUGUAUUGCCGUGCCAGACAGUUCAAGGACAAAGCCAGUGUGUUCCCACGCAGCAUCCAAACAACCUCUAUGCAUCAGGCCCAAGCCGACUUCACAGACGCCAGACUCUAGUCAGGUUAAGCCUUCGUGUGCACGUAAAGGUGGUGGUGGCAAGAAAGUGGCAGCAUCAAAGUCCUCUCCUGAGUUACCAGCCAAGAGGGCACGCACAGACGCACCACGGUCAGAUGAGGAGGCUGCUUCGCACACCUCCACCUGUUCAUCAACCACAGCAACCGCCUCAGCCCACAGCACAGAAGGAGUGAGUAGCACAAGCAACAAAGACAUUUCACCACUCGCUGCAGACAUUCUCGCCCAAGCGACAGAAUCUAUCUUUUCGUGUGGUGGCAAUGUGGAAGCAGCGGUCAACCAGGCAGCAAAGCCGAAGAACAAAAGUCCGGUGUCGGCAAGCUCGAGUGAUCAGGUCACAGCUCCUGCCGUUUCGAUCCCUGCCACCGUAGAGACUGACACGAGUACACAGGCAUCGACCACCAGCACAGCAUCUUCCCCUCCCAGUACUUCAGUCGCCCUUACCCAAAGUCAGUGUUUAAGGACGGCUGUGCUUGCAGAAGCAGUCUGUAGCAGCGAAACUGUUCCAGCCAACAGUACUGUUGAAGAGGCACCCAAGAUGAAAAACAUUUUUGAAAAUAGAAGGCUAACAGAAAUGGAUGCAGAGACGACAUCUACUACUAGCCAAGUGUCGGUGGAAAAUGCCGCACAGUCACUAUCUGCAAAAGAAGGGCAAGAUGACGUACAGGCAUCUGAUAGCGACCGUAAUGAACUGCCCAGUCUUAGUUUACACUCCAUAGUGAUGGAGGAAAACAUUGAUAUAUCUCCGAGCGUCAGUUCGACGACUUUCACUGAAAGUUAUGUCUCGGUCAGUGCCAGCAGUAAUGGCCACAGCACGCCCCAGGGCUCCUCUAAGAUCCCCGACUGUGCCGCUUCCAUACUCUGCCAACUCACUCCACCCAGCAGCAAAGGCAGUGAAGAUAAUAGCAAAGCCUUCGUUUCAAGUACCGACAGUCUAGCAUCGGAUCAGGAGUUGCCCCUAAUAUUGAGCAUACCUGAAGAUGACGGUCACGGUUCUCUCAACAGCAACUCGAAUCCGGGUCUUUCUUUCCCAUCACUGUCACCUGGGGAUCAGCUGGAGCAUGAAUUGGGAAACAGCACUGCCAAAACAGUGGAAAGCACGAGUAGCCUAUCUCAGUUUGUCCUCACUCCACCAACACCACACCUUCCAGCCAGUGCAGCACAAGUAUCGGUCAGCUCAAGCUCAACCAAGAAAAAAGAGUCAUUGGAGAGCAACACAUACACCUAUGUUGCGUCUGAGAGCUUCCCGACGCCCCCAAGUCAUUCAGAGGAGUUGCACACCAUUGGGAACACCGGCAGCACCAGCAGCAAGCAAGACUGCCACCAUGCCUCUCGAUCUCCACAACUUCAUAGCGCACCUCCCGCAAAGUUGCACACGGAGGCAUCGUGCCACAGUUUUGUUUCAAGCGCACCGCCUACACUCCCAAUGCACAGCCAAGGACUGCAGUUUUCAACAGCAUCAGCAGUAACUGCGCCUACUCAAGUGCACAACAUUUCGCUGCCUGGCUUUAGCACAGCUCAGGGCUUUGCCACUCCCAAGGAGCCAGAAUCUAUGCCUCUUCUGGACCAGACCAGCAAGCCGCCCCCUUCGCCAUGUCGUAUGGUCCGCGACUCUGGGCGUUGUGCAACACCAAGCAAGAGUCCAUCUGCGCAGUUUCCAAUGUCCAUAAAUCCCUACAUGACGACCACUCCUUUUCCGUUUCCACGACCUGAUCAGUACACACCUUGUACCAGGACACCAACUCUCCAAACCAACACACCGAAUAGCAGUAACACUGCAUUGUCAUGUUAUUCUGCCGAGGCCUUAAUUGGGACACAGAACUUCUUGCCAUCUUCUUACCGGCUCACGCCCCCCUCAUGUGCCCAGGUUCCCACAACUCAGAGGUCAUCCUGUCAGCAGUCAUCACGCCCUCAAAUUUCUUACUCUGCAGAGAGCCUUAUUCAGUCACAGGCUAGCAAUCCAAAGAAAGAUAUCCAAACAAAUGCCAAGGAACCUAGCUUUUCAAACCAUCCUGGAUUUGUGAACAGGCUUCCUUCUUACCAGCCCCAGACCAGCACACAGCACACUACAGGGCACUCGCAUCAGCGGCAGCUUCCAGCCAGCACGUCUCAACAGAUUCACUUGGCCAGCACAACUGUGUCGGGGGCAACAGACAACAGGUCGCAGGCAUUGCCUGUUUCAACAGCCGUGCCUCCUCAACCUACCACAGUGCACAGCAGCUACACAGCACAGUUUAGCAACAGCGCGCAGCGCAGCUUGGCAACAACUCCAAGCCGAUACCCAAUCCAUACUUACCACACAGCCAAGGAUGACUUCCCCAUGCUGCCCUCAGCACCACUGCACACUCCACCUCUGCACACAAUGGCGCCACACAUGUCGCAAUCUCCCUCAUCACGCAGCCACCACAUGCAGCCUGAGACAAGCUCUAACCAGAACAUGUUUCAGCACCAGAAUUAUCCGUACCCAAAUUUUUCUCUCGGUCAUCGGAGCCCCAGUUUCAGUACGUGUGCUACCUCCCGGCCUGAAGUUCCAGCAACAAGUCGAGUGCCGACCAGCUGCCUUCAGGCAACAUCCCCCCGACAAUCUCACUUUGGAAUGCAGGUGCCUACAUCACAGCAACAGGGUUGCCUGUUUCCAAGUGCCUCCUCAGCAUCUCUCCUGCCAUUGACGUCUGAGUUCGGCCCUCAGUGCUCUGGUCCGUUGGCCCCGCCUCCACCACCAGUCUUUGGCAAUCUGUCCCAACAUUGCGCGCAAGCACCGCAUCUGGUUAACAACCUGAUCCCCGGCCCGUUCGCCACAAAUGCAAACUCCAUAUGUGGUACUUCACUUCCUCCACCAAGCAUGGAGAGUGAAAAGCAAGGGGGCCGCAGGGACAAGCAGGGCAUGCACCUGAUGUCCGAGACGAGCUGUCCCGACACUGAAAAGCAGCAGCCUAAAUCAAAAUCCAAAAAGAGCAAGCCCUCAAAUACCUCAUCGCACAAUGCUGUGAGCAGCAUACCAUACUUUCCAGAUUUCAGAAACGAAUCUCACAACCACGCGUUGAUAACAUUACCCCCGCCUCCAGCACCUUCACAAAAGCUACCUCACGCACCUUCCCUUCCGUCGGUGUCCACAUCAACCUCGUCGGCACUGCCUUGGCCACAUCAUCAUCAACAGCAGCAGCACCAGCAGCUGCAGCAGGCUGCGCAACCACCGCACUCAAAGCCCAGUCAUACCGGCACUGAAAUCGAGCGGAGUGCAAACAUCAGCAGCGCUGCUUACAACCCGCUCUUCAGGCCUCAGUCCCAGCAGAACAGCAUCAACCUGAACCUCAACGGGUCUGGGGCACCAACGUCUCACUCCUCCUCUGUGACUUCCUUCUCGCACCACCACAGCCCCUUACAAAGGAACACGCAACACGGCAGUGCAUCGACGUCAUCAGUCGCAUCUGUAGUAUCUAUGACUGGCCCCAGCAUUUCGACGGCCACGCAAGUGGCCCCUUACUCAAACUGCGCAGUUGCACCGUCGCAGCAUGUUCCCAACUUCAAUUUGAGCAACAUCUUUCCCGACAUUGGCUCGGGCGAGCAAGGCAGGGCCAGUGCUGCACCGCCGCCGCCAUCCACACACUUUUAUCCAUCGAGCCGCGUGUUACACAAUUCGUUCAACCACAUUCUACCGCCUCCGCCUCCACCAGCACCAACUCAUAACAACUUUGUGCACUCGGGCCACCAUGCACCUUCCUUCUCCAACGUUAUUCCUCCACUCACCUUUCCUAUGCAUGAACAUUAGACCUUCCUUGGUCCCCAACAAAAAAGAAAGUUUGGGAAGGCAGCCACUCAACAGACUUUCCAGUCUGUUGCACAUUGGCAGCUGUGUUGAAACUGCGCAUACAUUGGUGCUCCUGUACUUACUACUUCAUAGCUUUCAUCUUUUCGGUGAAGUCUUUGUUGGUGUUCUUCUGUUAAGUGUUUUGCGUUAUAUUUAUUCCUCCUGUGUGUCUGUUCCAUAGUGUGCUCUUUGGGGCUUCUUUAGCCACUUGUUAAAAAGGAAACAAUGUCUGAUGUUUUCCUACUUGGUGUUCUAAUUUAAAGGCACAGCUCCUAGCCACAAAAGUUCAACCGACGAAACGUGUGUGUGUAUAUGUUCUACAAUGUGUGUGUGUGUGUGCAUGCAGUGCUGAUUCAAAACCUGUGUCCCCAAAGUAACAUUCUUGAUCGCAAAAAGCUACUUGCUCAUUGCUCAAUUGAUCCAAGUUGGUUCUGCUCACUGUGUUUUUGCAAGGAUAUGGGACAGUUAUGUUGGGCUUGAAGCGUUUGUGCAUAUUGUACAGUCUUUAUUGUGUUUCAGUUGUCGUAGAUUUGACUACAGAUCUGCAGAGAGCAGCUAUAACUGGGUCCUAGUGUGUUUUGAUUUAUAUAAUAUGGAACUGAGGUAUAAUUUCAGACAACUUUUGUCUGGCUGUGAAAGUAAAGACGUGAGGGUACAGCUCCUGAACCUGUAUUACUAAACCAUAUAGUUUUGGGCAAGUAAGGCACCAUCUUCAGCUUGUGUAAGCUUGUGUAGCUUGUCAGCUUAAACCAGUGGUUCUCAAAUGGGGGUCCUAUGAAGCCAUUUCAGGGGGUCUGCGAAAUCCAUACUCAAACAAAAAACAAAACAAAAAACGCCUUUUUUUUAAGGCACACUAUGUCCCGUGACCUUUAGACUUUUGGUAUGCUUCACCGCAUAAUGGUUUUGCAUUGCGGCGGAGCUAACUUAUGCUUUCCCUUCUCCAUGAGAUGGCUGUAAAGCUUUUGUUGCAAUUUUCUACGACAUAUGCUUUUUCCAGGCUUGCAUAUUUGAAAAGCAAGGAUAGCUAGAAAUGGGUGGAAUGUGGCUGCUGACUGCACAACUUAUUGGCAAGCUGUUGAGAUCGAAUUGGCAUGGCACUUUAGUUUGACCAUUAUUUACCAGGGAAAAACAAAGGACACCUGUUUCAUGCUGCAUGUUGUGUUAAUUUAUGACAGCUCCCCCCCCUCCUUUUUUUCCCCUUUCACUGCAAGGGGUCCCUCAUCACUUCCACUAGUCCACAAGGGGUCCCCGAAGCAUCCAUGGCUGAGAACCAGUGGCUUAAACAGUUGUGAUCAACUUGGCAUAAACAAUGUGCAGCCACCAUUAUCUGUUCUUGUGGCUGUUUGUCGGUGGUCGAAAAUUAGUGCAACAGGCUGAGUGGCAGCCAUCAUCACAGUACAAAAAUUGCUAUUUGAUGUGCCCAGCCUGUCUUAUCCAGUACAAAUCUGAACUUGGGUGCCUGAAAAGGUUUUUUGAAAUUAUGUAAGCGAUUAGGCUACACCUAGAGCUAAUCAUUUGUGCCGUAAUUUAAGUGAAGCACUUAGUAUCGAGGAAGUUACAGGCGAUGAAUGGUUACCCUCUUCCAGAGCCGUACUUUUGCCCCUCAACUUCUUCGCCAAGCGGUCAGGGCUAAGUUUUGCUUUUGCAAUCCACUGCAGGCACAUGGUAGAUUGCAGACACCACACUCCAUGUUUUUCUGGUUGAUCUCUGCUCCACCAGAUACCACCACUAACCAGGCCGCUUGCUCUCCCUGUACAGACUCUGAGAGGCCUGUCAGAUCAGUCAUGCUAGUGACGUCCCAGAGCAAUGCUGCAUCAUUUAAAACUUGGAUAUGUUGAAAAACCCUAUAAUAAAUUGCAUACUUUACUCACAGCACUUAAGCUGGUCCGUUGAUUAUCCAAAUGACCUCCACUACCAGCUCAAUAGGUUUGUAGGAAAUUGUCAAAACCAUUUCAGGUCCCUUUAGAAAAACAAGUAGAAAAUAUGUUUGGUGACGCUACACUUCUUUACACAUAAUGUACUUUAGUGUUAAAAAAAGUAAUCGUUUUUUUUAUUAGAAAAUACAAGUUUAAUUGCUCGUGAAUAAAUGUUUUGCUAACAAAAAUGCUUCGCUGUAGAACGCACCAUAUAGGUGACUAUUUUGUCUUUUAUUCAUAGAUGCCGUUAUCUUGGGCUUUUACGUGGAAUCAUUUCUCAGUUUCGGACAUCAUGACAUCAAAUUAACUAGUUCAUGAAACACCGAGUAGACUUGUGGAACAGUUUUUAUGAGUACGAUUAUACCGUAAAGCCAUUGAUUUAGUUGUAACACGUGCAAAGUGGCAUCGUUAACAGCCUGAGGUGGCAGUAGUUAUAAUAUGACCUUUAACAGAGGGGUGCAUGCUUCAAACAGAUCCACUCGUUUGCCUGCAGCUCAUGACACCCGCAAUAGCAAAAUUUCUGAAACUGUCACCAUUGUCUGAUGUGCUGAUUUUCAGCGUCUCCUAUACCAAGUUUAGUUGCUUCUAGUGUGCUGUGUCUACAGGUAAAUCAGGUUAAUAAACUCUUGCUUAUCACUCAGGGCAAAACAAGAAAUGCACAAAACCUCUAGUUCGUCAUGUCUCUGAGAUCUGUUAUGAAUUUCAGUGUUCUCAGGUUGACACAUCCAUCGUUUGCUUUCCUUUCACAGCUAGCAGAAGUUGUCGGCAAGCAUACCAUUCAAAGCUUGCUUUCUAUGAGUGUACAGGUAAGCAUAAAUGGACAGCUGGAUCCUAGGUUCAACGUCAUAAUUGUUACUGUUUUUUCUGUCUUGAUUUGUGAAGCGGGUAGCUCUUAUGAUGUGUAUGACAGAUGUUUUAGGCAGGCAAAUCUUGUGUGUGUGGCCCCUCGUGUACAUAUUUAUAAUCUCUCUGCGUGUUCUACCCAUCCGUCAGUUUCUGUUUUUUGCGCUCUUUUCUUUCUUAACGUAUGCGCCUGCUUUCUCAAUCACAUAAUUUUCACCUUUCCUACGGCAUAAUGUCCACUGCGGUGUGUCAUGGCAGUUGGCAGCAUUAUCUUUUGCUUUUAAAAAAAAUGUAACGUAGAAGGGCAUUGAAGUUUAACUGGUGUCCGUUAAAGAUUCUAGUGAAUCCGUUAAGGAAAAUUAUGUGAAACGAAAUUCACUGCAGUCAAACCUCAGUAUAACAAACCUACAUUUAGUAAAAUCCAUGAUAUAGAGUAACUUAUAUCAUUUUUUUAUAUCAUUUUAUAUCAUUUAUAUCUUAAUUUUUUUCAGCAGUGUGUAUACCUUUCUGUGUAACAAAAUAACCUUGUUUCAGAGUAGAUUUUAUGAACUCGGCGUGUAUCGUGUGCACGUACACAGAUUUGAGUCAAGCGUAAGGCAUCACACACCGGUGAAUUCAUCAUUUGCACACGUCCGUCUAGCACUACGCGAAGAGAAUAGAAUCAGUCAACUUUGACAACUGUCGUGCCGUAGCAGAAACAACACCGAACUUUGUCCCGUUUGUGUUUAGUCUUACGGAUACACUACAGAAUACGCCGGUUGUGAUUUGGAACGGCGAAAUUCGUCAUUCGGAAGUGUACCAACGAAUACCUCGGCAGUGACGGAAGAAAGGUGCAGUCUCGGUGUCAUCGCACCAUGUUUUCGUUAUCUUAAAUGACAUCCCAUUUAUCUCGUAUUUUGCAAUUUGCUACAGCCUUAUAAAAACAUCAGAUGGCAGCAACAUUGGCAGGCCAUAGUGAUGACAUGCCAUAACGUGUGGCUCAAUAAGACAGUGACUACUACAAGCAGGCAUAGGUGGAAUCUCAGACUAAUGAGCAGGCACUAGUGAUGUAGAACUAUUGAUGGUACUAUCGUUAGUUCAGUCACUAUUGAACUAUCAAUGGCAAAAAGAACUAUCAAUAGCGCUAUCAAUAAUAAGUUUGAUAGCACUACCGAUCUGAUAAAAUCAACCACACGAGCUCAUUGCAGCAUAAACUUGUUCCCCAAGUGUGUGGAACAGGAGGAGCAGGCUGAAAGGCAAGGAAGUCUACAUGCUUGCGCUCCUUUAUCAUAGUUCUUGGCUGAUGACAAUUAAAUUGAUUUAUUCAUGUUUACAGGAAACGAGAUUGUUACAUUUGAUGUUACUGUCCGGCUUCAAAUUUAUAUUGCAUUCUCUGAUUUCAAAAUGACAAGAACUAGGUUUGUUCAUUGUAAGGUGUAAGUGGUUAUUUUUUAAUUUGAAUUUAUUGAUGGGGCCAUAUUCCUGCGUUUUCACUGCUGAAAUCAUUUUUAUUUUGCCAAAAUAUUGCUCAUAAGUUAAGUAAACACAGUAUCACUGAUAGUGGGCUAUUGCAAAUUACUUUUGGCAAUAUCGCCGGCCAGCAACAGCAUAACUAUUCACAGCACUAUUGGUAGUAAUGUUGGCAGUAAUACUUCCGACAGUGCUAUCGAUAGUUUCUUUGCACUAUGGAUAGUUCAACAAAAAUUAUUGAUGCUAUCGAUAGUCAAUUAGCCGAUAGUAGUGCAUCACUAGCAGCAGCCCCCCCCCCCCCCAUAAUUAAUGGUCAACUUUCCUGCACUAUUCUGUUUGUAGAUUCUUACUGAUAACAUGCCAUCCACCAAAACUUUUCAGAAAAAUUGCCGAAACAUGCAUAUGUCAGCCGAGUAAAAUUCUCUAACAAACUUUUCUACAGCAACUACAAAUUUGUUACUUUUGGACCUGACUAUGUAACAUAGGAGUCUUGUGAAGGGUGUCGACUUGGGCUUGUUGGUUUGUCAUCCUUGUAAACUGUUGCGCGUGAAAGACGUAGACAGGGAACAAAAAUACACUCCGUGCUUGUCUUUUUGUGUUUCCUGUCUACGUCUUUCACGCGCAACAGUUUUGAGGAGUCUUCUGUCAACUUAGCAUCAAGUGCACAUCAUAAAAGAACCGCAAGUGCUAAAAAUGUGCGUAUACGGUGUGUAAAUAUCCUAUGGUACAGAACCGGCAUGUGUAGUGUGGGAAAUGCUUAUUAAAUGCAUUUGAAGUGCAGUGCGUUUCAUCCUGCCAAGCUUGUCUGAAAGGUUCCAUGAACUUACAUAUUGUUGCAAUGCUUGUGUUGCCAAUAUCAAAAACUGAAAGUUAAUGCAGAUACUUUUCUUUUGCGUAGAAUGGCCAAGAAAACAUGGUGUUCAAAAUCCUACAGAGUUUCUUGAGUAUUUUGCACUUCUAAUAUAUAGGUGUGGUUAAGGUAGGUUUGCACAACUAAAGCAACCUAAUAUCUGCUAGAGCUAGUGGAAAAUUUGAGGAAGUGGCGAUACUGAAUUAACAAUGAGUAUUUAUCGAUGCAUGUGUUUUUUCAUUGCAGCUUGUCAGUGCGCAUGCAAAAGGCUUCACCUGAAUUUCUAACAGUGACUUCAUUAGUGUUCCAAUGCAUACAGUCGUGCUCACUCCAUUAAAUUUUUGUUACGAACUGGAAGCAGCAAGGCUGUCUAGGCAGCAUUUUAUCAAGAGAAUUUUCCAAGUUGGUUCAUUAUAGGAUAAGUUUGAAGAAGUUUGAACUGUCCUGUUAUGCCACUAAGAGCCACUGUACAGUUUGAUAAAGUUAGAAGUCGUAGAAAUUGGUGAUAUUUCUUUCCUCUGUGUUUGUUAAAUCAAUAGAGUCGCCAAAAGCAGCUGGCACAUCAAGUAUAGUGUCAACUCUAAGUCCUCUUUCAUUGGAAGUAUUGUUGUAGUGGUAACGCUGGCUUGGAAUGUCUCGCUUAAGCUACCAGUGUGUAGCAGUAUUGUGCUGCCUCCCCCCACAUAAACACAAGCAGCUGUUUUGGAUAUGAUGGUCGUUGAUGAAAGAAGGUGCUUGCCUUUGUGGUGAACACAAAGGGUUCUCCCUUCAAAACUUUUCACCAGACCUCAAAAAAUGUGUCGUUCACUUACUGUAUAGCCUCACAUUAAGGUUACAAGACGGUGCAAAAGCUAAUGCGUUUCAACUCCUGUUGCAUGUAAGAGCCUGUACAUCUAGUCAACACACCUCUCCAGCCGAUCGUACUCUAUGCGUCAUUUGCAUUGUAGAUACCCUUGUCCCGCCUCAUUUGCAGCGAUGUCUGGUGGCGAAACAAACCGUGUUCUCAUGUAUAAAGACCGACCCCCGAUCACCUCCUUGUCAUCACACGACUGUAAUCCCCCUUUACAUGCAAUUUUCCUCAUGUAAGCUUGUUACACAGGAUGGAUGUACGUAGUGGUACACGGAAUCAUGUUUUGCACAAAUAGUGUAGGUUAUUGCUGUUGAUACUUCAUUGGUGUGCACAACAGAGUCAGUGUACAAACCGGUCACUGUAUUUUAGCAGUUUAACUCACUCGGUGUGCUGUAUUGUUUUUUCAUGUAUUGCAGUCGCUUUGCACGACUUUGCAUGUAUAUAAGCUCAGUGUAAAGGUGUUUCUAUAAGCUUUGAGAGGGUGUUGGUGCUGUACAUAUGUUGGAACAACAUGCAUCGUGUGAUCUGUUUGUUGUAAAGAGGCUGUUAGUGUAUCAUAUGCUCAAUUUCUCGUGCAUGGUGAAGGAAGAAGCACUUUUGUAAAUUAUGUUAGGGCCCCAUGUUGUUUGCUUGGUACGCUUUGUUUGCGGACUGACGAUUUGACAAAUAAUGAGUGCUUUGCAAUAAACUUUUCUUUCAUUUUAUUCUGCCACUGUGUGUGAUAACGUUUGAGUAAGACCAGUUACUGCCCAUGUACUUACUUCAUUCAAAUGUACAGACACAUUCUACUCAUCAUAAAACAAAUGUAUGUGAAGUGAGGGCCUAUAUAUUUUACGAGCACUACAAAACAUCUUUGUAAUCUGGCCAAAAGAUACUCAAAAUAAAAAGCUCAUGUGGU